AUUGGGAAAAAGGGGCAAUUUGGUCAAUUGGUAUUGGCGGGCAUUUCGCCUGAAUUAGGGAUAUCAAGAUACCACUACUCCUGUCUCCUAACACAACAAACACUUCACCAAAAAACCACAUACUUACUCCAAUAACACACACAGUAUCCAGAUUACUCUUCCUUUCUCUACAACAGUUUCAAGAACAAACCAGACCACACACAUCUGUCGUUUCUUUGAGUACUACUGAAUUUCGAAGGAGAUGAACAUUAAUGACGAUGAGACGAUAGAUUAUGUGUAUAAAGUGGUGGUGAUUGGUGAUUCUGCUGUGGGGAAGACGCAGAUGCUGUCAAGGUUCACAAGGAACGAGUUCUUUUUUGAUUCGAAAUCGACGAUCGGAGUUGAGUUUCAGACGAGGACACUGAAUAUUCAGUCGAAGGUUAUCAAAGCUCAGAUCUGGGAUACUGCUGGUCAAGAAAGAUAUCGAGCUGUAACAAGUGCAUACUACAGAGGAGCAUUAGGGGCAAUGUUGGUAUACGACAUCAGCAAAAGAGAAUCAUUCGAUCAUGUUGCAAGAUGGGUGGAAGAGCUUCGUGUUCAUGCAGAUAAAACCAUUGUUAUUGCUUUGAUAGGAAACAAAGCUGAUCUUGAAGAGAAAAGAGCAGUUCCUUCAGAAGACGCCUUGGAAUUUGCAGAAAGUCAAGGGUUGUAUUUCUUUGAAACCUCAGCACUUACAGGUGACAAUGUGGAAGCUGCUUUCUUUAAGCUUUUAGAAGAAAUCUAUUCUGUGGUUUCAAAGAAGACAUUGGAACAUGAUGUUGGGAAAUCAAAUGGGGAUUCUUUGAAUACGCUUAAAGGCUUGAAAAUUGACGUUAAUGGAGGACCUGAUUUGGAGAUUAGUGAGAUGAAAAAGUUAUCUUCUUGCUCUUGUUGAUUAAUCCGAGUAUGUUGAAAGGAAGUGAAAGUCGAAAAUCACACGUAUUGUUUGUUAACUUAAAAAUUACAAAA